CAGUCUUCCCGUGCCGGCUUCUUCCCGCGGCAGCAUCUGUGACAGCCGGGUGCCCACUGCGCAUGUGCGAGAAGCACUGCGCUUUGUCCGCAAUCUCUGGUCAUCUCCUGUACUGUCUGCAGUCUCUUGGUCAUCACCUGUACUGUCUGCAGUCUCUGGUCAUCACCUGUACUGUCUGCAGUCUCUUGGUCAUCCCCUGUACUGUGUCCGCAGUCUCUGGUCAUCCCCCCUGUACUGUGUCCGCAGUCUCUGGUCAUCCCCUGUACUGUGUCCGCAGUCUCUGGUCAUCCCCUGUACUGUCUCCGCAGUCUCUGGUCAUCUCCUGUACUGUGUCCGCA